CAGCGUUUUAUAAGUUUGGAAUCAACCGUUAAAUUUCAACAGACGACGCAAAUUCAGUGGAGAAGUAGCAUCGGGAAUUUUUUUUUUUAUAACACAUCAACAAAAUGAGAGAGAUUGUACACAUACAGGCUGGCCAAUGUGGCAACCAAAUUGGUGCCAAGUUUUGGGAAGUCAUCUCUGAUGAGCAUGGGGUGGAUCCAACUGGAACAUACCAUGGAGAUUCUGACCUUCAGUUAGAAAGAAUUAAUGUCUAUUACAAUGAAGCCACAGGAGGUAAAUAUGUUCCACGUGCAGUGUUGGUUGACUUGGAGCCAGGCACCAUGGACUCAGUCAGAUCUGGACCAUUUGGUCAGAUCUUCAGACCUGAUAACUUUGUCUUCGGGCAGAGUGGUGCUGGGAAUAACUGGGCUAAGGGACAUUACACAGAAGGUGCUGAGCUUGUUGAUUCCGUUCUUGAUGUUGUUCGCAAAGAGGCAGAGAGCUGUGACUGCUUGCAGGGCUUCCAACUGACGCACUCACUGGGCGGGGGUACAGGGUCUGGAAUGGGCACACUGCUCAUCAGCAAAAUCAGAGAGGAAUACCCAGACAGAAUCAUGAACACAUUCUCAGUGGUCCCAUCACCAAAGGUAUCUGAUACUGUUGUGGAACCAUACAACGCCACCUUGUCAGUCCAUCAGUUGGUGGAGAACACAGAUGAAACUUACUGCAUUGACAAUGAAGCCUUGUAUGACAUUUGCUUUCGUACCUUGAAACUGACCACCCCUACCUAUGGUGACUUGAACCAUCUGGUGUCAGCUACCAUGUCUGGAGUGACCACAUGUCUGAGAUUUCCUGGUCAGCUCAAUGCAGAUCUCCGUAAGCUGGCUGUCAACAUGGUACCCUUCCCACGACUGCACUUCUUCAUGCCUGGAUUUGCUCCUCUCACUUCCCGUGGAAGCCAGCAGUACAGAGCCCUAACUGUACCAGAGCUCACCCAGCAGAUGUUUGAUGCCAAAAACAUGAUGGCCGCCUGCGAUCCCCGUCACGGCCGUUACCUGACCGUGGCUGCCAUGUUCCGUGGUCGCAUGUCCAUGAAGGAGGUGGAUGAGCAGAUGUUGAAUGUCCAGAACAAGAACAGCAGCUACUUCGUGGAAUGGAUCCCCAACAAUGUCAAGACCGCUGUCUGUGACAUUCCACCCCGUGGUCUCAAGAUGUCUGCUACAUUUGUUGGCAACAGCACAGCCAUCCAGGAGCUGUUCAAGCGUAUCUCUGAGCAGUUCACGGCCAUGUUCCGUCGUAAGGCUUUCCUCCACUGGUAUACUGGUGAGGGAAUGGAUGAGAUGGAGUUCACUGAGGCCGAGUCCAACAUGAACGACUUGGUAUCUGAGUACCAGCAGUACCAGGAUGCCACUGCUGAGGAGGAGGGCGAGUUUGAUGAGGAAGAUGAGGGUGAAGCCGAACAGUAACAAGACCUAACUCUGCAGCAUGAACAUCACUUAGAUUUGGAUCAAAAAAAUUAUGUUUAUUUUAAGAGAAUUUAGACUGAAUUAUGUGUAUACUUCUUUUCAGGGAAUUUACUUUAAAUGUACUUAGACAUAGAUUUUUAUUAUGUAAGGAUUAUUUCACUCUAGUCACGGUCUUGCAUACUUGUAAGGUUUUUGCUAUGCUUAUUUUUGUUUAAAACUAAAUCAGUGAUGUCAUUGCAAAUGGAGAAAUAAAGGUUGGAAACUGCUUUAA